UCAUACAUAGUAUAAUAAUUGGUGUGAUUCCUGUCUCUCUGUCAGCUUUCUUCCCCUUCCUCGCAUCACCACCUCCUUCAAAAUUUUCAGCACCUCCCAUUUCUCUCUCUCUCUCAUUAUAUUUUUUAUAUAUAGAUAGAUAUAUAUAUAUACACACACAAAAAUAUCUGUAUAUCUAUAGGUGGCUAUUCAUUCACUACUACUACUAUAUUGUUGAUUUACACAGAAGUAAAGAAUCUAAUGGAGUACGAAAGGAUUCACACUCACAAGCUUUCUCAGGUUGGGAUAAUAUCACCAAGUAAAUUAAGGAUGAAAUUAAUGGGCCAGAGAAAAAAAGAUGGAGGAUCAUCAAAAAGUAAUUCAGCAAGAACAUCUCCUUCCAAACUUGAAGUUGAUGAUUCAGACUUUGUUAACAAUAGUUUGUUAGCUUCAAAUUCUGAGGAAGUUUCUAGCAUGGGGAUAUCAUCAAUAACAUUCGAUAGCUCACAAGUUGAUCAGGGUCGUGGGCAGGCAAAAGAUAAUCCGAAAGAGACUCGUUUGAAACCCCACCAGUUUCAGAAGAUGGAUUGCAGUAGUUCAAGUUCAGUUCAUCCUAUAAGAUCAUUGGACGAUGAGAAUCUAGAUUAUGAUAGUAAUGCUAGUUCUUCAAGCUUUGAAUUCCACAAAGGCGAAAGAUCAAACCAUAAUGCUAUUUCAAGAUCCUUGUUAAGACCUAUGUCUUCAAAAUGGAAUGAUGCAGAAAAGUGGAUAAUUAAUAGGCAAAACAUGCAGAAUCAUAAUUUAAAAAACAGUAUGCAAAACCGAGCAAAUCGGGGAGGCUUAGUAAAUGGGAAUAGAGGUUCGUCUGAAUCUGUUAGUUCAGUUAAACGGGUUGAUUUUUGCCAACCCACAUUACAAACGAGGACAGAGAAGUUCUCGUUUACAACCUCUGGUCUACAACACCUCCCUGUUUCGGGUCAAAGUAAUGGAGGGAGUGAGUCAAUCAAUCCAUGUCCUGAAAGUAAAGAUUUAGAAGAAGUUGACACAAGGGAGUCAUCAUGUGGACCAAGCUCACAUGAAGAGAAUGCAGGUUGUCAUGAAGUAAGAUCCGUGUCAAUGAGAGACAUGGGAACAGAAAUGACACCGAUUCCGAGUCAGGAACCUUCAACGACUUCCACCCCUAUCGGUGCUACAACCCCGAUUUUUAGUCCAAAUUCUUCAAUUCCAUCUACUCCUCGAAGAGGACCUACAUCUACACCUGUAGAACACACCAAUAGUGAUGAAUCACGGUAUCCAAAAGAGUUGACCGAGCAAGAAGUCAAACUCAAAACCCGGAAAGAGAUCCUACAACUUGGAGUCCAACUUGGGAAGAUGAACAUUGCAGCAUGGGCAAGUAAAGAAGAUAUGGAAAAGAACAUGUCAAGUGUUGAAGCCGACAAUUUGGCAGAGGAGUCGUUGAGGAUUGAAUUUGAGAAACGGGCUGCUGCGUGGGAAGAUGCUGAAAAAUCUAAACAUAAUGCAAGAUUCAUACGUGAAGAGAUCAAAAUUCAAGCAUGGGAGAGUCAGCAGAAGGCAAAACUUGAAGCUGAAAUGAGAAGAAUAGAGGCUGAAGUGGAACAAAGGAGAGCCAAUGCACAAGCAAAGAUGUUGAAAAAGAUUACAUUGACAAGGCAGAAAUCAGAAAAGAAAAGGGCAGCAGCCGAAGCCCAAAAGAACAAGCAAGCUGCUCGGGCAGCAGCACAGGCGGAAUACAUUAGACAAACAGGUCGCAUUCCGCCAUCCUCGCCCAACAGCUGUUGCGGUUGGUCGUAAAUCAAUAAGGAGAGAAAUUAAUUAGAGUUUUGAUUUUUGGUGGUUUUUUAUGGCGUGUUAAUUCUCCGCAUAAUUUCUUGGCAAUUGGUGCCACCCCAAUAAAUUUUAAUUAUCCUUUUCUUUUUAGUUUUAAUUAGAGUUAAAUCAAGAUAGAAUAUUUAGUUUGUUUGAUGUGGGGCUUAAAAUAGAAUGGGCCCUUGGGUGGUCAAAGUCAAAGAAAUGGGAACCAUAUGGGUUUGGUUGUACUUUCGAGAAAAAAUCUCUUUGUUGACCGCCAACAAAUGCCCUUUGACUACUUCCUCACGUUUUUAGAAUAAUAUCACGGAAAUUAUCAUAUUUUGUCCCUUUUUUAA